GUUGUCAUUGCCUCCGACACUGAAAUUGAGCCUUACUUAAUUUUCAAUCCAAAAAUGUAUGUUUGGCCCUUUUAGGGACUUUGUGCCUUUUAAUUCAUCACAUGGAGAAAAUCAUGAAAGAAGAAAAGAAAGGCAAGGGCUGAUAGAUACUUGUUCAGAGUCAAAAUGGUCCGCGCUCUCGCCGUCCUCGGCAUGGCCUUUGCUGCCUUUGCUACCCAGGCCGCCGCUCAGGAAGCCUUCCAAUACUACCUGUACCCGCAAGGAUCCGACUGCGACCAUGGCGAGCAGGACUCUCAGAUCUACGAGGUGACCAGCUCUGCCCAGUGCGUCCCCGUUGGACAGUCUGACUACGAUAUUGAAGUCGGCUUCGUUGUGCUUGGCACCGACGCCAUCAACCCGCCAGUAUAUGCUUGCCCUAACAGCGCUUGCGACUCAGGCUGCACCCAGCUCUCCGGCGAGGGCUCUGGAGGUGGACGUACCGGCUGCACGAAUAUCAGCAAUGGACCCUACCUUAAGGUUGACGGCGUUACCGGUGAUUAAACGAGAUGCACGGCGUGACCUUUAGAUACAGCUAAUGAGAGUUAAGUCUCCGGAGCUGUUAAGCAAACGAGAGAGCUUGCCAUGGAAAUGAUAUGUGAUGAAGACAUACAGGAAAUAUGGGGGGCUUUGAUGGAACUGAGUAUUCCAAUGAUCGAGGGUCAUUGCAGACUUUUAUAUAUAGGAUGGGUUUUGUAUUGGGCAGCAAUCACGGCCAGUGGUUCUGUUGUUCAGUGUUUUGAAGUUUGAGCUUUUGCCUGUCCUGUAAAUGUCUGUUUUAUCCAAAUAUUCAAUUUAACAUAUCUUGGCCCUUUUUGAAUAUGGGUGUCUCUACAGCACUUGCAUAUUUUAACUCAUGAUAGGAAGGGCGUACUAUGAACCUAAAACAAUGGGUUAUUUACACUCAUCCAUGCAUUUAGGGCUCCGGCGUCAAUUUCUUCUCAUAAUACCGAAGUACACC